AUGGCAGAUCCGAUAAGCGUUCUCGGUGCCCUUUCUGCUGUUACUCAACUGGCGGAUCAGCUAGCUCGAGUGAUCAGUGCAGCAAUUAAUGUAUACAAGCGAUAUAAAGAUCCAAGAUCAACCUUUGGUCAACUAUCACAGGUCGAACAGCUCGUUCAAAUUGCUGGCGUCAUUAAGAGCAAACCUUCUUUGCAAAAUUCUGCUGUUCAGAAUGUCUUGGCCAAUUGCCUUCAAGAUGCAGAAAAACUUCGAGAUAUAUUAGACAAGAUAGUUGUGAUAGAUGGAACAGACUCGCGGAGACGACGGAUCAAGAAGAGUUUAGCAGCGAUGAUGAAGGAUAAAGAGGUUAUGAGCAUCUUGAACUCCUUAGAACGAGACAAGAGCGCUUUGCAACUUUGCAUUUCGGUAAUAGAGGCGUCCAAUAUUGCCGAUAUUUCUGCGAUAACGAGAGGGACUUCCUCAAAUGUAGAUGAACUGCUGAAGUUUUUCCCCGAGAUUAGAGAUUUAAUCAACAACGGACUAUCAAAACUUUCCAAGCUUUCUUCCACAAUAGUUUCCGAUGACACACUCGAGCCGACGAAUUACUUCCUUGUUCCAAACGGCCGACUUGUAUCGGAAUUUGUGGGACGCACGGAUAUCCUUGAGAAAAUCGAGUCAGGGUUCUUGGCACCUUUCCGGAGAGGCUCUCGCAUCGUCGUCUUGCAUGGACUCGGAGGCCAAGGCAAAACUCAGAUCGCACUCGAGAUCUGCCGUAGAGCUAAAGCCAAGGGCACAAACGCAAUAUUCUGGGUUGACGCAAGCUCCGCCCAUACGGUCAAGAAGAGUUUCAAAACAAUCGCUGAGGCUACCAAGAGGCCUCAUGAGCAUGUACCGGAUGACGCGAUAGACAUGAUCUUAUCAAAGUUUGGUGAUUGGCCAUUGUCAUGGAUCAUGGUGUUCGAUAAUUACGACGAUGUCCGAGGAUUCGAUGAUAUUGGAGAUCUGAUCCCCAAUGGAGCAAAUGGAUGCGUACUUAUUACCAGUAGAAACUCGGAGUCCUCCCAGUUGGCGUCCACAUCAGACUGUUCCAUUGAGCUGCUAGGCCUUUCUGAAAAGGAUGCGUUAGAAGUCCUUUUCAAUAAUGCUAAACAACAAGCGAAUGAGAAGGUGCUAGACCAUGCGAAGAAAAUUGUCCAUCGGCUCGUAUACCACUCCUUGGCGAUUACUCAGGCCGGCUCGUACAUUCGACAGAAGAAGAUACACUUGGAUCAAUUCCUAGGAUAUUAUGAAACUCACAGGGCCAACAUACUGAGGCAUACUCCCCAACUGACUCGGUACAGACGACACUUGAGUGAAGGUGAGAAGGAAACAUCGCUAAAUGUGUUCACAACGUGGGAGUUGUCCUUCGAACAGCUGCUCCACCUGCCAGCUGGAGACAACAAAGCAGCUCUCUUGAUCCUUCUCGCAUUUUUUGACUGCAAGGAUAUCUCGGAGGAGUUGUUCAUCGACUAUACUGAUAGAGCACAAAGGAAUCCCUGGUGUUAUGAUUGGCCAGUCCCAUGUCUAGAAUAUUGCCUAGGAGAAGAAUUGAAAGACGAGAUCCCUACUCCCUUGAACGCGCUUUUGGAAGUAGUCAGACCAUGGGACGGCGAUUUAUUCAUUGAGAUAGUGAGCGAGCUUGCACAAUUGUCACUUGUGCAAUCCUGGUCAAGGCACGACGAGAACAUUUGCCAAUUGACCAUAUAUCCUCUUGUGAGGGACUGGAUUCGACUCAGAACCGAACCAGAUGUAUGCAACAAGUUCUGUAUCGUGUCGGGCAAAGUCCUAGCUGCCACGCUCGAGGCGCACUCUGAUGGCUAUUUCUUCCACUUUUCUCUCCCCGCUACGCAAGCUCUUUUUUCGCACAUUGAAGUAUACAACGAGAAUCUUGAAAUUCUAGAGGCUCGUCACGAGGGUACGAAGGAUUGGCAUCAUGAGAGGUUGGACGUCGUUGAUGAGAUUAUCGGCGACUUCUUGUAUCGAUCGCGCCAAAAUGACGAAAGUUCUGUCUUCGCACAACGAGUUCUCGAUGCUAGAUUGAGAGAGCUUGGUCAAACUCAUUCAGACAGUCUGCGUGCUAAGACACAAAUCGCAACGAUGCUCUCUGCGGAUCACCAGUACGAGCAAGCUGUAAGCAUCAUCAGGGAAGUGUUGGAGACACAAGAAGCCAAUCUACCUCCUGAUGACCCAGAAGUACUCAAAACUAUGAUCAGCUUAUCGUGGGCAUUACAGAAAACUAGUAACACGGAGAAUCUAGGAGAAGCAGAAAUGUUGGCUCGUACGAUUGUCAAUACACGAUUAUUAGAGCUCGGACUUGAGGACGAGAAGACGUUGAAAAGUUUGCACCACUUGGCGAACAUACUUCGAAAGCUGAGGAAAUACGAUGAGGCGGAAGGAAUCACACGUGUUGUUAUGGACGUCUGUUUCGAAAUACUUCCGCCGAACCACAGCCAAACACUUUGCAUCCUACAUGAUUUCAUUCUAGUACUUCGUGCACAGGAAAAAUACGAGGAAUCAGAGACCGUAUUACGCGAGUGUAUUGCGGGACAGGACAUGGGUGAUGAGAAUCCGGAAAGGUACUUCCUACUCGGGACACUGGCUUUUAUUCUUCGCAAGAGAGGCAAACAUCAGGAGGCAGUUGAGUCCUUGAAGCAAGCUAUUGCUGGGUUCGGAAAGAUUCUUGGCCCAGAGCACCAAACAACGCUCCGAUACUCCAAAAAAUUGUCGAAGCUUCUGGGCGAGAUUAUUGGGAAUGGACAAAAUACAGCACCUUCGGCAGAGAAUACUGGUUCUAGUAUCAGCAGCGAGGAAGUCCAGCUGACCCAGCAAGUACGAAUAGGAACAGCACUCUUCAUAUCGUGAGAUGGGCCUUGGACGUUCAGCAUAAUUCAUCCGUCAAAUAUACAGGCGGAUAUCUCACGUCAUACAUAUACACUUGUACAAGAGCUCCUAG